GGUCAAGAAACAUUUCAAUUCAUCCAAGAAGCCAAACUACAGCGAACUGGACACUCAUACAGGUAAAAGAACGAAGUCUCCGGCCGCCGCUUUGCUUCCGAGAUUGCGUUUGUGGCUUGGCGGUAGGGAGGAGGGGGGGGAUUGCUCCCCGGGCUCUGGGAGGGGGUCACUUCCCCGCUAGCUCUGUUUUUUUGCCGUGCUUACAGUGAGGCAGUUCGGACAAAUAUGUCAGCGCUGCUCGGAAUGAAUCAUGAAGUUUGUUCAUCCACUUGAACUCAGUUAUUCAAAGAGGAUCUGGAGUUUUCCUGUUCUACAUCUGCUGGAAAUGGAGUUGAAACUUUUGCACAAAUGCUGCAGGAGGUUUCACUGCUGCAUUACAUCAAGUUGCUUAGAUUUAGAAGCAGCAUGCUGCCUUGAGGAGACUCUCAAGCUGUAAUGUAUCUGUUCCAGGGCACUGUCUUUAGCUAUCAUGAUUAUAUCCCCAUACCUGUAUGAAAGCUACCCGGUCCCUAUCAUACCGCAGCCAGAGAUCCUGAGCUCUGUAGCUUACAACCCCAUUACUGUGUGGACUACAACCGGGCUGCUACCAUCUCCUCUACCCAAUGACCUCUCUCCGCUUUCUGGAUACCCCUCAUCUUUGGGAAGGGUCAGCCCACCUCCACCAUCCGACACCUCCUCCAAAGAUCACAGCGGUUCAGAAAGUCCCAUUAGCGAUGAAGAAGAGAGAAUCCAGUCCAAGCUUUCAGACCCUCAUGCCAUCGAAGCUGAAAAGUUUCAGUGCGGUUUAUGCAACAAGACCUAUUCCACUUUCUCUGGGUUGGCCAAACACAAGCAGCUGCACUGUGAUGCCCAGUCUAGGAAAUCGUUCAGCUGCAAGUACUGUGACAAGGAGUAUGUCAGCCUGGGAGCACUUAAGAUGCACAUCAGGACCCACACGCUACCUUGCGUCUGCAAGAUCUGCGGCAAGGCUUUCUCCAGACCCUGGCUACUUCAAGGGCACAUCAGAACCCACACUGGAGAGAAACCGUUUUCCUGUCCUCACUGCAACAGGGCUUUCGCAGACAGAUCCAAUCUGAGGGCUCAUCUGCAGACCCACUCGGAUGUGAAGAAAUACCAGUGCAAAAAUUGCUCCAAAACUUUCUCCAGAAUGUCUCUUCUGCACAAACAUGAGGAAUCUGGCUGCUGCGUAGCACACUGAGUCAUGCAGUCAAUGUUUACCUGGACUCAAUGCAUUUCUCCACUCCUGUUCCAAAUGAUAAGUGGAAAUCCAAAGGCAUUUUCUCUUCCACUUUUCAGCCAAAAAAAACCAACAGCCAAACAAACAAAAAAAGAAACCAACAACUUACAAAACCAAGCAAACAAACAAAGUAGUGGAAGAACUUAGAAUGUCAGUAGAAAACAGCCUUAAGUAGUUCUGUUUAGUCACACAUUCACGUUCUUAAGUGUGAACUCUGAGAUAUGGGGAAAGAUGCCAUGCAUGACAUUUCAAGUAGAUCUAAACGAAGAAGCGUUAUCAGCUUUCUUUAUAGAUGAAGCCAAACCUAUGUAGUCUUUUCUUGCUUAGAAAAGGCUGCAAAGUUACUAAUACAUUCCUGCCAAGCCAUUUCAACCAAAGAAACAGUAUUUUAAUGGAACUUUUGAUAAAAAUACUACCCGAGUGAAUUUUACUAGACACCAUUUAUCUCAGGUGCCUUAAAAAGUAUUCCAAGUUUACCUUAGUAAAUGUUUAAUAUUAUUCAUUGCUGUGUUUUUUUUUCUAAAAAGUUUUAUUUUAUUAAAGCCAAGGCCUUCAAUAAUGAUCUAAAAUGCUUUAAAGAGGGAUAAUUAAGAGAGGAAAACGUGUAAGAGAAUGUACGAAAAACUUACAGCCACGAAUUAACCGCAUGUGCCUCUAUUGAAAAAAGAAAGAAGACUGUAGCUUCAAACAUUCCUGGUGCAUGCCUGACCAUCUUCUAACAUGGAAUCGUUCCUCUAAACUUUGCUAUUUUUUAAAAACGGGAAUAAGUGCAAGAGAGGGGACUCAUGGGAGUUUGACAAUUAUUUUUUUUGUUAAAUGCACAAAGGAAAUGCAAUAUUUUCAGCAUUACCCCUCCAAGUGCCUUUUUUAUUGAUGAUUUUGUAAAGUAUGUGGACAUAAUGUAAAUAUUUUUAUUUUUAUAUGACUGAAUGUGUUAUGAAUGAAAGUGAAUUGUUGCCUAUAGCAGCAUCUAUAGAUAACUUGAAGAAAGCGUGAAGUGAAAUUUAUGGUUUUUUUCUAGCCACUUUUUUUUACAAUAAACAUUUUUAAAUAAGA